GGCUCCCGGAAGUGGCUUCACCCCCUCGGAAGCGCGGCGUUGUUUCCGAGCCCCGUGUGCUGGCGACGGCGGAGCAGGGUGACAGGCUCCCAGGGACCAUGGCUGGGAGUCAGGAUAUGUUCGACGCUAUCGUGAUGGCGGAUGAGAGAUUUCAUGGGGAAGGAUAUCAGGAAGGCUACGAAGAAGGCAGUAGUUUGGGUAUAAUUGAAGGAAGGCAGUAUGGUGCCCUUCAUGGAGCCAAAAUUGGAUCUGAGAUCGGGUGCUAUCAAGGUUUUGCUUUUGCGUGGAAAUAUCUUUUGCACAGUUGUGCCACCAAGAAAGACAGCAAAAAGAUGAAGGUCUUAGAAUCAUUGAUUGGAAUGAUUCAGAAAUUCCCUUACGACGACCCUGCUUAUGAUAAACUCCACGAAGACUUAGACAAAAUUAGAGGGAAGUUUAAACAGCUUUGUUCAUUACUAAAUGUUCAGCCGGACUUUAAAAUUAGCGCAGAAGAUUCCGGACUCUCAUUUUGAGGAUGACAGAUGAACAAAGACGAAACAUCAAGGAACGGAUGUCCGUAUGUUGAGUGUUUAAAACUGUGAUUAAAGGCAAAACAAUGAUGGGGUGUUCAUUGUUCUGUAGGGAGGGGUCCUAUUCAGCCAGCAAAAGGGCUGCUAUCCCUCUGAGGGCUUCUGCCUCUGUUGUCUUCGUCCCCGGGGCCUCCCUUGUUGGGCUCUUUCUGUCUCACAGCCUGAGGAGGCCCUGGCAGAGCCCUCGCUGGGCUGCCACACCUGGUCACCACACCUGGUACCUUCACGGGUCCUCUCCAGUGGGCCUGGCCUGGCUGGUUCCAGACAGGGCAGGUCUGGGUGGAAUUACCACUUGGCCCUGGACUCAGUGCUCGGAAGAAGAGUACGUAAGAGAAUGAGGGAGACGGAUGGGGCGGGUGUGAAGUGAGUGAGUGGGAAGCAGUGAUAAUCACUGUGGCUCACGGCGCCAGGGCCUGUGCCAUGGGCCCCUGUCCUGGUUUGACUUAGUCAUUUCAGUAGCUCAUCAGACACAUGAGGAAACUGAGAUGCAGGGGGAUUGGCUGGUCCCCAGCUUGAUUUCCCAUGUUUAGACCAGCAGGAUACACCGCUGCCUCUGGCACAACACACAGAUUGGCACGGUGUGGAUUCCAGAUGGCACUGAUGGAGAAUCUGGUGCUUGGUGGUGCUUAGGGGAGUCCCAUGUGGCCAGUUAUAUGGACACUGCUGAGAGGAUGAGGCCAGCCCAGCCCAAGGGAGCCUGGAGUGGCCCUUCACAGCUGUCCUCUUUUGAAACAUGGUCUGAGAUAAUCUUUAAACCUUAAACCAAAACUAUCCCCCGAAGUCUUCUUAAAACCAAACAGUAGUUUAGCUUAACUAGUAAAGAAUGUCUGCCUUGAGCACUGUGCUCUUUUAAGAUCUGUAUGGGAUCAAAUUGACAAUAGCAACUCGAAAGGUUAGAUAAGAGCCUCGGGCAGUGAAUGCGUUCGUGGGGGAGGAGCAGCUCGGAAAUGGAGGGUGAGAAUGGUUGUGCAACUUGAAGAAUGCGAUCGGGGUUGCUGAAUUGUACAUUUAGUGAUUGUUGAAUUGGUGUAUGUUCUGUGUAUAUUCUCAACAACAACAAAUUAGAAAAAAAGAACAUGGCUAAGGGGGAAAGAUUUUGAACCACAAACUGAAUGUUAGUCGCUGUUGCAAGGCAGAAACUCUUGGAUCCUUUUAAUGAGAGCUUUUGUGUCUGUCCGUGUUUUAAGGCACCUGUCCGCAGUGAAGCACAGGUGAGCUGGCCGGCUGGCUCAGCCCUACAGGGAUUCAGCGGCCACACCAGGGUCCCCUGCUACGCUGCACGUGGCCGUCCUCGCUUCUCCACCUGAGAGCCUGUCUGAAAGCACCGAGCGAGAUGGCAGAGCCCAGCCUCGACUCCACUCCAGGCCAUCUUGUCAAGUUGCUCCAGAACACGGGCUCUCAAUCCUGGUGAGAGUGCCUCACACGGCAGAGGUGGAGAGCCUGCAGCUGGCCAGGCCGCGCCAUCUCCCUCCUCUGGCUCUGCUGACCUUGCUGUGUGCCAAGGCCAAGGCGCAGGUGGCCAGAGCUUCUGAAGGCUGAGAUGUGGCUGUCUGCCGCUGAGCUGUCUCAGCAUGGGCCGAACCACCCUGUGUCCUGGCCCUUGUGUGUCCAGCCCACUGCCCGCGAGGGGCCCUUCUGACUUUUGGCUCAUUUACGAUGAAGGUGCGAACAGCACUUUUCUCUGGGUGGUGAGAUUACCGGGGGUUGUUUUCGUUGGUGGACGUUUGAGUUUUCUAAGUUACCUGCUUUGGUAAUGUAUCAUUUUUAUAAUUAGAGAAGAAAAUAAAUACUGUAUUUUAAAGCAUAAGGCUGUUUGGGACCCUUUAUAAUGCAAAUUCCAGCCCACUCCUUCCUCCAAGGUGUCUGGGAUCUGGGUGUCCAGGGAGGGACAUCCUGCUGGCCCCGCAGAGCCCACUGUUCCGUCUCUGCCCAGGUGCCUCAUUAGUGCAGCCUAGAAGUAGGAUCCUGGUGGCGAAAUACUUAAGUGCUGCUCAACUCCUAACUGAAAAGCUGGCGGUUUGAACCCACUUAGCCGCUCUGCAGGAGAAAGAACUGGCCAUCUGCUCCCGUAAAGAUUAAAUCCCAACCAAGCCCGUUGCCAUCGAGGCGAUUCCGACUCAUAGUGACUGUACAGAACAGAGUAGAACUGCCUUGUGGGGUUUCCAAGGAGCAGCUGGCGGGUUCAAACUGCGGACUUCUGGCCAGCUGCUGAGCUCUUAACCACUGCACCACGAGGGCUCCUCAGGGGUGGUUCUGCUCUGUCACACGGGGUGCUAUGGGCAGAAUCAACUCCAUGGCACCCAAAAACAACAACAGAAGGAGUUAUGGAGACCCUGGUGGUGUAAACAGUAAACGCACUUGCCUGCUAGUCAAAAAGUUAGCUGUUCGACACCAAGCCCACAUGACAACUAAGAGCCCAAGAGACAGAAAGGGCCACAUGAACCAGAGACCUACAUCAUCCUGAGACCAGAAGAACUAGUUGGUGCCCGGCCACAAUCGAUGACUGCCCUGACAGGGAGCACAGCAGAGGACCCCUGAGGGAGCAGGAGAUCAGUGGGAUACAGACCCCAAAUUCUCAUAAAAAGACCAAACCUGAUGGUCUGACUGAGACUAGAGGAAUCCCGGCGGCCAUGCUCCCCAGACCUUCUGUUGGCACAGGACAGGAACCAUCCCCGAAGACAACUCAUCAGACAUGAAAGGGACUGGUCAGCGGGUGGGAGAGAGACGCUGAUGAAGAGUGAGCUAAUUAUAUCAGGUGGUCACUUGAGAUUGUGUUGGCAACUCUUGCCUGGAGGGGGGAUGGGAGGAUAGAGAGAGAGGGAAGCCGGCAAAAUUGUCAAGAAAGGAGAGACUGAAAGGGCUGACUCAAGACGGGGAGAGUAAGUGGGAGUAGGGAGUGAGAUGUAUGUAAACUUAUAUGUGACAGACUGAUUGGAUUUGUAAACGUUCACUUGAAGCUUAAUAAAAGUUAUUAUAAAAAAAAAAAAAAAAAAGUUAGCUGUUCGAGUCCACCCAGAGGUGCCUGAGAAGAAGGGACUGGGGAUCUGCUUCUGAAAACGCAGCCAUCGAGAACCCUGUGGAGCACAUUUCUGCCCUGACGUCGGUGGGGUUGCCACGAGCCAGAGUUGACGGCACCUGGUUUUUAGAAGGAGUUACAGUUAUUGUAGGAGACCUGGUGGCUCAGUGGGUAAGGGCUUAGCUGCUAACGGAAGGGUUGGCAGUUCGAACCCCCCCGUGGCUGCGUGGGAGAAAGACAUGGUGAUCUGCUCCCAUAAAGAUCGUUGUGUCGUUGGGUGCCGUGGAGUUGGCUCCCACGCAUAGUGACCCCGUGCACAACAGAACAAAACGCUGCCUGCUCCCGCCCCGUCCUCACGGUCGUUGCUCUGCUUGAGCCCAUUGUGGCAGCCGCCGUGUCAGUCCACCUCAUUGAGGGUCUUCCUCUUUUCCACUGACCCUCUACUUACCAAGUGCGAUGUCCUUCUGCAGGGACUGAUCCCUCCUGACAACAUGUCCAAAGUAUGUGAGACAAAGUCUCGCCAUCCUCACUUCUAAGCAUUCUGGCUGUACUUCUUCUAAGACAAAUUUGUUCAUUCUUCUGGCAGCCUGUGCUUCAUUCAGUAUUCUUCAUCAACACCGUAAUUCAAAGGCAUCAGUUCUUCUUCAGUCUUCUUAUUCAUUGUCCAGCUUUCUCAUGCAUAUGAGGCAGCUGAAAACACCAUGGCUUGGGUCAGGUGCACCUUACUCCUCAAAGUGACAUCUUUGCUUUUUAACACUUUAAAGAGGUCCUUUGCAGCAGAUCUGCCCAGUGAGAAUAGGCAAGGUUAAUCCAUUCUCCACCGAGGCUUACAACUUUGGAACCACCUUCUCAGGGCAGAGUCCGGUGGUAGCCAAUGAUAGGUAUCUAAUGAAUUGCCAGAGACUGUCUGAAAACGAGGCCACAUUUUAUUUGUUAUUGGUGAGGAAGGGAUAAGAACUCCCGAUUACUGAGUGGCUGCUGGUGGCCAAUCCUUACACCCCUUGUCAUCGCACUGCCCCACUGGCCCUUGGGGCAGGGCUCCUGUCCCCACUUCAUGGCGGGCGUCACGUGGGUACGUGUCUGAGCCAAGCAGCCUGGCAGUGGUUUGAGGAGGCACCGUGGGCCCGAGCAUUGCCUUGAACCCAAAGUUUCAUGAGGCCAUUGUUCAGGUUGGUCUCUUCGGCCUAAACGGAGCCUGCUCCUGUUGUUAGGUGCUGUCAAGUCAGUUUCAACUCAGUGACCUUAUGUAUGACACAACGAAACACUGCCAGGUCCUGCGCCAUCCUCACAAUUGUUGUUAUGCUUGAGCCCCUUGUUGUAGCUGUUGUUUCAGUCCAUCUCGUUGAGGGUCUUCCUCUUUUCUGCUGACCCUCUACUUUACCAAGCAUGAUGCCCUUCUCCAGGGACUGGUCCCUCCUGAUAACAUGUCCAAAGUACGUGGGAUAGUCUUGCCAUCCUUGCUUCUGAGGAGCAUCCUGGCUGUACGUCUUCAAAGACAUUUGUUUGUUCUUUUGGUAGUCCAUGGUAUAGUCAAUAUUCUUCACCAACACUGAAAUUCAAAUGAAUCAAUUCUUCUUUGGUUUUCCUUAUUCAUUGUCUGGCUUUCGCGUGCUGACUCUCUGGGUCUUGGUCUACUCAUCUACAACAGUGGUUGACAAACUACGACCAGCAGUCCAAAUGUGGCCCCUGGCCUGUGGUUUAUAAAUAAAGUUUUAUUGGCACAUAGCCACGAUCAUUCGUUUAUACAUUGUCCACAACUGCUUUCUGCUACAGUGGCAGGUUUGAGGAGUUUCGACAGGGACUGCAUGGCCCACCAAGCCUAAAACAUGUACUGUCUGGCCCUUUACGGCAAAAGUGUGUGGACCUUGACCUAGAACAUGGGGAUAAUUACACCCGUGAGAAACUAGGCUCCGUGAGAGCAGGGCUAUGUUUGUCUUGCUCUCCAGCGUCUCCCUGGCCUGGAGCUGUGCCUGCCACCAACCCCAGGGGCUUUAUGAAGAUUCAGGGGGAAACUACACUUAGCAUUAUGCACAGUGCCUGGUCCAUGGUGCCUGCGGAGUAAACUAACUGCUUUUAUCUGCCCCUGAUGGCCUUGGGUGAUGCAAAUGGCUUGUGCUCAGUUACUAACCAGAAGGUUGCUGGUUCAAAUCUACGCAGCAGUGCUGUGGAAGAAAGGCCUGGCAAUCUACCUCAGUAAGAUUGUCGUUGUUGAGUACUGUCAAAUUGACUCCGACUCAUGGUGACCCUGUGUGACACAACUGCCCCAUAGGGCUUCCUAGGCUGUAAUCUUUACAGGAGCAGAUCCCCAGCUCGUUCUCCCAAACAGUGGCUGGUGUGUUGGAACCACCAGCCUUUCAGUUAGUAGCCGAGCACUUAACUGUUACAUUACCAGGGCUCCUUUCUCUAGGGUCACAGUCGAUGAAGACCCUGUGGAGCACAGUUCUACUCUGAAACGCGUAGAGCUGCCAUGAGACGGAAUCAACUCAAUGGCAAUGGUUUGGUUUUUCAGUUCAGAUGGCCUUGGAGGGCCUGCACUCCAGGAUGCGGAACGCCUGCUGGUUAGACCCCUCUGCACCUGCAGUGGUGGCCAGCUGAAGCUCAUCUGGCCUUAGGGAACUGAGGGCCGGGGGCCUUCAUCUCUCCCAGGCUCAGGGCCAGUGGAGCCUCCCCAGCACCAGCCAGCCAAGGUUCUCUUCCCUGAUCUGUGAGCGGCGGUGACAAUGCCCUGCUGGGCCCCCAGGCCAGCGUCCCUGGAAGCCGCCGACUCACCACUGUCCACUAUUGUCUGCUAGUGUGGCCAGGGCUUGGCGGCCCUGCGGGUGGGCGGGCCAGGGGACUGUGGGAACGGAUUAGAGUCCCUGGGCCUGUGUCCCCCCUGCACAAACCCCUGAUCAAAGGCAUUCCUGAGAUGA